CUCACCCAAUCCCGCGAGCGCGAGCGGAAGCAAGCCAUCCGCCAAGGUCUCAUAGCGGACCCGGACAAGCCUCGCUCGCUGGCGGAAGCGAUCACGCCAGUAGGGACAUGCCAGGACAUGUGCGCCGAGUACGAGCGAGUCGAACGGGUCGUGCAGAACGAUGUCUGGACGGAAGAGACAGAUCCAUCUCACUCAGCCUUCAGUCGGACAGACGCACCGCCGGAUGAGUCGCGCAUGGUGAAGAAGUUCCGUCGAGCCGCGGCGGGGCUGGAAGAGCAACUACCAUCAGACCUACGGCCACCGGCAGUACUGAAACGGACAUGUGACUACCUCUUCAAUGAAGUCAUCAGCGGCGCGGAGAGAUUGGAGAAAGUACACCACUUCGUCUGGGACCGCACCCGCGCCAUCCGCAACGAUUUCUCCAUCCAACAGUUGACCAAGGCGGAGGAUCUCCGAAUAGCGAUCGAAUGCUACGAGCGGAUCGCACGCUUCCACAUCCUAUCCCUACAUCAACUGGCAGGAGCCACACGACCGUAUGACAAGUACGACGCGCAGCAAGAGCGGGAACAACUAGAUCGGACACUAUUGUCGCUCAUGCAGUACUACGAGGACAGCCGCGGGCGGGUCGAUUUACCGAACGAAGUCGAGUUUCGCGCUUACUGCGUCAUCUUCCAACUCCAGGACCCGAUUCCGGAUCUCGAGGACCGCGUGCAGAGCUGGCCGAGACAUGUAGUCGAGAGUGGGCGAGUGCAAGCUGCAUUGCAAUUAUACGCCGCCGCUUGUAAUACCCACGAUGGUCAAGGUCCGCUGAAACCACGUGCGAACCAUCUACUCGCGCAGCAGGAUUGGCAGCGAUUCUGGACGUUGGUUGGGUCGAAGCAAGUCUCCUACUUGAUGGCAUGUGUGGCCGAGAUCUACUUCAACCUCGUCCGACGAACGGCUCUCAGCGCGCUCGUCCACGGUUUCCGGGAAAACAACAAGACCUCCCCACUCGAUUGGACAGUCGACGUACUCCUCGAUAUCCUCGCUUUUGAUGAAGAGGAGCAGGUGUACACUUUCUGCGAAGCCUACGGCUUCUCCUUCGCGCAGAGAGAAGAUGGACAGCAGUAUUUGGACCUCCUGUCU